AUGAUGAAGCAAAACUUAGACGCCGCCGCCUCGCACCCCGCCCCGUCACCCCUCCUCACCGCCGGCGCCUACCACACACCCCCCCCCCGUCCCCCGCCCCCGUCCCCGUCUCUCCCCAGCCCUCCGGCCGCUGCCUAUUUCCAGUUGGUCCGCAGCUGUCGCGCGCGCCGGUCGCACGUCUGUUGCGACGCUGUACUCACUAUAUAG